UCCUUAAAGUUGACACUCAGUGGACAGAAAUUUAUACUCAUCGCGCCUACAAUAACCGUGGACGAAGAGUUGAACAAUCUGAGGAGAAUAAAUAUGACACUUUCAAGAAUUGGAUGUUAAGCCGGUGCUUGAAAGAGUUACCGGCUACUCAAUUACAACUUCAGUCCCGUGGUGUCAUAACAUUCCAUAUAUCUAUCUAUCUAUCCAUCCAUCCAUUUAUCUACCCAAAACCCAUUGUGGAAAAUAUUCUUACGGAUCUCUCUCAUUAUCUGCAUCGCGACUCUGUUCUUUGGACGCCUUCUAUCAGGAGCUUUCUUGUUUAUAAUUGAAAUCAUAAAUACCAUCCGUCAUUCAGUCUUUCGCGUUAAUCAGACGAUUCAACUUUCUUAUCUGUGACUUUGAAUCAUUUAUCUACUCAACACGCGAUCUCUUCCCAUCGUCUAAUUGAAGCUCAACAAACCUAACACCUACCAAUCUCUCUACAGCAUAUCAACAAGAACGAGAACGACAAUUUGGUUUUGUUACCUCUACUUAAACAAUAACAAUUGAUAUGGCGCCGUCUAUGAAGCAACAUACUCUUACUAUACGGAACCAUCGUCGCGCGAUAGCAAGCACGCCUGUAUCUGGUACCUCAGCUCCGAAUUCGUCCGCAUACCCAUCAGCUUAUCCAUCCGUUGCUGAAGACAUAACUCUUAUCACUUCUCGCAAAACCAAACAAUCCUUUCCAUUUCUUUCCCUGCCUUCCGAACUUCGUACCAAGAUUUACACUCUCAUAUUCGCCCCUUUCCCUCAAGUUAUCGACCUCGACCCUACAACCUUUUCCAUCAUUCAUCGUCACAAACUAUUCUCACUAUUCCAUGUCUGCAAACAACUUUACAAUGAAUCAUCUCACCACUUCUUUUCGACCUAUACUUUCCGCAUCUUUCCCAUCCAUCCAGGUCGCUAUUUUAAGACAAAGAAACCUCUACUCGCGCGUCUGCCAUCUCAUUAUCGCAACUCUAUCACUACACUUGAACUUCGUCUAGGUCCUGGCUGGAAUAGUCCGCCCAGAGGUUGGGUUGUAUCACCUUUACUUGGACUUUCCGAUUGCACAUCCGUUCGCGUUUUGAAAAUAUUCGUAGAAUGUGAUCCAUCGGACGCGAUAUUUAAAGGUUUUAGAGUAGGCGAUGGAUUCUAUGAGGGCUUUUGCCAGGAACUAUUACAAGGGAUAUUCAAAGAUGUGAAGGGAAUUCAAACUGUUGAAUUUGAUGCCUUUCCUGGUGUGAAGAGGAGCGGAGAUAUGAUGAGUGGACUGCGAGAAGUUGUGGAGAGUCAUAAAAAGGUUGUGACAUGGGGUCCUGAAAGGGGUUGGGGAGUGGAGAAAUCUGGAGAAGGCAAAGAACGAAUUUGGUUGGAUGCUGUGCUUGUGCAUGGAGUUGGAAGAGCGAGAGUUGUUCCAGCGGGAGUAGAGGGUAUUAUGGCUUCAGCUUGAGUUACGCCAUACUUCUAUUGAAGCGCGGGUAUGAUGACACGAGUGAAAUGAAGUUAACGUUAACACGAUCGGCGAAUACAGUAGGUCAUUUGUUUUGAAAUCAGAUCGGACAGUUUGUAAAAUUGAAGAUGCAUCAGGGAAAGGGAAUCGAAAUGGCACGAAGGCAUGUAAAAUUCCUCUUCAUCUUGCACAUAAUAUAGUCAUGCUCAAUACCACUUUAUUCACGACCCUUUCUAUCAUGACAACUUUUUUUCUACUCCAUGUCCCAGAAUUCCUAGCCACUAUGCCACUCUGGUUUCGGUUCAAAUACUAAUUUAAUUCAACACAACU